AUGACACAGAACUCAAAGAAAGAUACAAGGAGAGAUUUGACAAAUAAUAUUGGAGAUGAAGCAUUAUCUGAAAGUAGUGAUGGGAGUUCUAAUUUUGAGGUAUGUUUUAAGGAUAGUGAUUACGAUUUGAUGGAUAAGGAAGAUGAUUUGCUAUAUGAUAAUUAUGUUAAUGAAGAAGUAGAAGCUGGAAAUGGAUUUGAUUUUCAAAUGGAAGGUGGUUCAAAUCAGCAAUCACCUAUAGCUUAUGAUGAUGAUAUUGCUUAUGAUGGUGAUGGGGAGCUUACUCAUGUGGUUGAGGAUGGAAGUGAAAUGAAAGAGGGAUUUCCUGAGUUCAAUGCAGAAGUAAAUAUGAAUGAUCCAGUAUUUUUUGAAGGUCUCAAAUUUAAAUCUUUUGAUGAAUUCAAGGAGGCAGUGAAGCAUUAG